UUUACUUCUCUUCUCUCUCCCAAAAAACAAAUCUCGCCGGCGCCGGCCAAUUCGUGAAGAGUGAAAGAAAAAGAGAGAAUGGCGGAAGAUCUAGUUCUUGAUACAGCCAUCAGAGAUUGGGUAUUGAUACCUCUUUCAGUGGUUAUGGUUCUCAUCGGGAUCCUUCGUUACUUUGUUUCCAAGCUCAUGCGUUCUUCUCAGACACCCGAUGCCAAAGUCGUAAAAGAAGGGCAGAUCAUUGUUAGGGCUAGAAAUCUGCGUGCUGCCGCCAAUUUCAUUCCUGCUAAAUCCUUUCGCGCUCGGAAGCUGUACUACAGUAACGAGGAAAACGGGUUGCUUUUUGUCCCCAAAGGCCAGGCACAGAAUGCACAGGCACAAAUGUUUUCUGACCCAAACAUGGCAAUGGACAUGAUGAAGAAGAACCUUUCGAUGAUUAUACCCCAGACUCUUACUUUUGCUUGGGUCAACUUUUUCUUCUCCGGAUUUGUGGCAGCAAAGAUACCAUUCCCUUUAACUCAAAGAUUUAGGUCAAUGCUACAAAAUGGUAUUGACCUGAGCACUGUGAAUGUAAGCUAUGUUAGCAGCCGAUCAUGGUAUUUCCUCAAUCUUUUUGGACUAAGGGGACUGUUUAGUCUCAUCUUAGGAGAAGAGAAUGCUAUGGAUGAUACUCAACGAAUGAUGCAGAUGGGUGGAUUUGGAUUUGAUCCCUCAAAGAGUUUAAGUGCCGAGAAAGAUGGCCUGGACAUAGUUCAGCACGAAUGGGCUAUGCCGAAAUUCGAGCAACGAGCUGAAGCAGUUUUGCGGAAACUUGUCAACUGAUGAUCGAAUGGGACCAACGCCUUAUAGUUCAUUAUGAAGAUUCUUGAGGUAUGCAUGAGUUCUUAAGGUGGCUAAUGCGCAAUACUAUUAACAAUACGUUUCAGAUUAUUUUCGGUUACUAAGCAUACUAGGAGCCACCACUAAAUUGGGUUCUUUGACUAUGGUAUUUUUUGUGCAAACUAAGACCUAUUCUCUCUUUUAUAUAUGCCCAAACGUUAUGAUGUUAAUUUUUUUUUUAAUUUUAUUACUGAAUUAGUUCUAUUUUGUUUGUGAUAUAUAAGUUCGGUUUGAUGUUUCCAUAUGAA